CAGACUCUGAGAUGGAGGAACCAGAGCUGGGGGACAGGUCGCAGAGUUCCCAAGCACCAGCUCUUCUGAGCAGGCCAGGGGAUGUCGAGAGUCAGAGCAUGGCCCCUAUCUCCACCAAGCUGUCUGACACCUGCAAGGGCAUCUCCUCACACAAGGGGGAGCCAUGCAGCCGCAUUCUGGCCAAGCUUGGUGCCACUGGCCCAGAGGGUGACAAGGCCCAGAGGCACAUUUCCUUGCUGUUCCCUGGGGAGGCUCCCUCCCUGUCCACCUGUUCCUCUGAUUACAUGCAGCCCAGCCUGAAGCAGAAGCUGCUCAGCAGUGCCCAGGAAGACCUAAGCUGGCAGGGCCUGAGUGGGGAAGGGGGCCCAGGGCCCAGGGGGAAGAGGAAAGAGCCCCCAGGCUUGAGGGUGGAACACAUGUCCAAGCUGGUCAGCAAGGACCUGCCAGGUGGCUGCACAGAGGCUGGACCCUUCCUGCGAGCAGUGUCGGGGGUCCCAACCUUGCCCCCUGGACCCUCCAUAACACUGCCUGCUACCCUGGCCUCCGAGUCAGCAAUCCUUGCUCCUUCAGGGGCAACUCCUAGCCAGAAGAGACCACACCCUGGGUCCCCAGAGCCCCCCAACGCAGAUGGGAGGCCUGGUCUCUCUCGGCCCUACGUGGAUAGUAACAGCAGCAUGAGCGGCAGCCAGGCCCCCUGCAUGGGUUUUUCUGCCCUGGGGGAGAGCUCAGCUGAGGAGCAGCCAGAGAGUGAGGACUACUCAGAAGACCAGCGGUUCUACCAGUACAUCCUGCAGAUGGUCAAGAUCUCCCGGCACCUGGAGGGCCUGGAGCUACCUGAGGGUGUGCAGGAGCCUCCGUGCUGGGACCUAGCCAAUAUGGUCUGCUGCCUGGCACCCUCGUCAUCACCACCGCUGAGUGAGGGCGAGUGUGAGGUGCUUCAGGCUGAGGACAGGGACAUGCAGUGUCUGCCCUGGGGGCCGGAGCUGCUGGAGCACCCGGCCCUAGGUGCUCAGGCCCCUGCCGGCCAGGAGGCCUCACAGCUGGCCCACUAUCAGUCGAGCCACGGUGCGCUCAGGCAAGGCCUGGCUGAGCUGGGUGCUGGUAGAGGACUUGCCCUAGAGCCAGACAGGCAGCAGCUGUACCACCAGGUAGGCGUCACCUCCGAGGUGGCCCCGGGCCCGCCCUCCCAUCUGCCUGCACUGCCCUCCCUAGGGGUCUCUCCAGAGGAUGAAAUACACUUCUUGGUUCUAGUUUUUAGGCAUUAUUUGAUUUUGGGACUCCUGACCUUUCUCUCUUUGAAAGGCUCCUACUUCAGCUCUGCCCAGCGGUCUCGGAGGGGCAGCGGCAAUUUAGUGGGGUCCUGAGAGGUGUGCCUGACAAGAUACAGCUCCACCAGAUGUUUUCUUGUGGCCAUCAUGGCCACCA